AUGUAUCUCGCAGCAGUAGCUCAAUUUUGCGCAACAAAUUUGAUUACAAAAAAUCGUCAAAUAUGCAUUGAAUUGCUUGAGAAAGCAUCAAGGAAUGGAGCAACGAUGAUAUUUUUUCCUGAAGCUUCAGAUUUUAUAGCAAAAGAUUCCGAAGAAACUUUAUCAUUGACAUCAUCAAUUAGUAAUAAUUCAUUUGUGAAUGAUAUUAAAGACGCUGCUAUAAAACGAAACAUUUGGGUUUCAAUGGGAAUUCAUGAAUCUGUAGUGAGACGAUCAAUAAUUGAAACAUAUAGAAAACUUCAUUUAUUUGAUGUAAAUAUUAAAGAUGGACCGAUUCACUUGGAGAGUAAUACAACGAUACGUGGAGAAAAAAUUUGCGAUCCUAUACCUACACCUUUAGGGAAUUUAGGAUUAAUGAUCUGCUAUGAUUUGAGAUUCCCUGAAUUAUCUUUAGAAUUGAGGAAGAGAAGUGCAGACAUUUUAACAUUUCCAUCAGCAUUUACUAUCAAAACUGGACAAGCCCAUUGGGAAGUAUUAUUGCGUGCUAGAGCUAUAGAAAAUCAAUGUUAUGUCGUUGCAAGCGCUCAGAUUGGACAACAUAAUGAAAAGCGAGCUAGUUAUGGACACGCAAUGAUUGUGGACCCAUGGGGUACCGUAUUAGCCAGAUGCUCUGAAACAGUUGAGCCAUCGCUAGCUUUUGCUGAAAUAAAUCUUGAUCAAUUGAAAAGAAUUCGAACAGAAAUUCCUCAUGGCAAUGAUUUAAGAGCUCACAGUGAAACAUUAAAUAAAGGCGAAAGUUUUAUUAAAUUUACGGAUAUUUCAUGA